AUGAACAUCCGCAAUGCUCGGCCAGACGACCUGAUGAACAUGCAACAUUGCAACCUCCUUUGCCUUCCCGAGAACUACCAGAUGAAAUACUAUUUCUACCAUGGACUUUCUUGGCCCCAGCUCUCUUACAUCGCUGAGGACGAGGACGGGAAGAUUGUGGGCUACGUCCUGGCCAAAAUGGAGGAAGACCCAGAUGAUGUCCCUCACGGACACAUAACCUCACUGGCUGUGAAGCGUUCCCACCGUCGCCUGGGCCUAGCUCAGAAGCUGAUGGACCAGGCCUCCCGGGCCAUGAUUGAGAACUUUAGCGCCAAGUACGUGUCCUUGCACGUCAGGAAGAGUAACCGGGCGGCCUUGCACCUCUAUUCUAACACUCUUAACUUUCAGAUUAGUGAGGUGGAACCCAGAUACUAUGCAGAUGGAGAAGAUGCUUAUGCUAUGAAGCGGGAUCUGUCGCAGAUGGCAGAUGAGCUGAGGAGGCAGUUGCCGCUGAAGAAGGGCAGGUAUGUGGUGCUGGGCUCCAGGGAGAACCAGGAGACCCGGGGCAGCACACUUCCUGGUUCAGAAGUGGCCUGUCAAGAGAAGAACCCAGCCACUGAUGGUAGCGGGAGUGACAGCAAGGAACCCAGCGAAUCCACGGAAAGCCCCGAUGCCCAGGACAGUUCAGAAGACUCUGGUUCCACCUCCUAGAGCCUGCUUAAGCAUUGCAGGUCCUCGUGUCUCAACCACAUCUGCUCUCUGAGUCCUGGCUUAUCCCGUGAACUCUGUAGCAUCUGCUCGGGGGUCAUCUCAGGCCAAC